AUGGUACACAUUGGAGCCGAAACAAGCGAAAAGUCUGAUCCUGAUAAUGAUACGAACCAACAAACCUCUGCAUAUUACAGCUGGGAAAAUGUUUCCUAUGACACUGUCGAUGUUUUGCGACGUACUCACGGAAGGAAAGGAAAUGUCAAUGAUGCGUUUGAUAUACCUAAUAUCUAUAGUGUUAAACGUUUGCAGCCAUAUGUGCCUAUAUUGCGUAGUAGGCGAGAUUCUGGUAGUACAAAUCUUACACUGGCGUUAAAAAUGAUCGCUGACGAUUGGAUGAAAGCCAAGUGCGAAAAAGAGCAGCGCGUGAUGAUAAAAUACGCACAGAACGCGCGAAUCAUCCUCAUCUUUGGAUACGUUCUCAUGAUCGUAGGAUACAAUUUCAUCAUCCUUUUACCGUGCUUCGGAACAUCGCUGAGAUAUGUAACAAAUAUCACCAAUCUGGCCAAGAACCUGCCACUAGAAACGUAUUACUUUUAUAAUAAAGAUCAGACUCCGUAUUAUGAACUCACAUUUAUUGCGCAAGCUCUGCUAUUGAUAAUAGCAAUUGCAUCUUAUACUGGCGUGGAUAAUCUGCUCGGCUUACUGGUAUUCCACUUGUGUGGCCAGAUGGAAAAUUUGAAAGAACGAUUGAUCAAUAUGAAGCGAUAUAAAAAUAUUUGCGUCGAUCUCACUUUCAUUGUCGAGGAUCACAUACGGCUAAUCAAAUAUUUUGACAUUGUUGAGAGUACAUUCACUCUACUGCUACUCGGAUUGCUGCUUUAUUUCGGCAUUCUAUUCUGUCUAUGCGGAUUUUUGAUCGUUGCGGUAAGUCGCAAGAAAGAAAAUCGUAGCCUGUCUUUCUCAAAUAGAAUAAUGAAUUAA